AUGAACAGCGUCUUUGCCCACGGCGUCGGCGUCGAUAUUCUCCAUCUGCCUCGUCUUCUGUCUCUCCUAUCUCGAAGACCCGUCUCAAAGCUUACAGAUCGGAUUUUGACUGCAACCGAACUCGCCGAGUUCCAGAGGUUAUCGUCUAUAAAGCCUCCAAACCAUACACAUGCAUUGUCAAACCCAGCGAUACGCUUUCUUGCUGCACGUUGGACUGCUAAAGAAGCAGCUUAUAAAGCCUCAGCAAACCUUAUUCCAACAACAAAGGAACAGUGGAUGGGGUGGAAGAAUUUUGAAAUUCUGAAGGGAUCCCGUGGUGAGCCUUUAUUGACGAUUAGAGAUGGGGGUGGUGAAAAGAUUGGAAACGGACAGGUGUCGAUAUCUCACGACGGGGAUUAUGUAAUUGCUAUUGUGAUGGUUCAACAUUAG